GGGAAAUUCGCGCACGGGUCGGCAAAUUUCGGGAAAAUUUCGGAAAAUUCGCGCACACCCAGUCGUGGGGCUCGGAGAUUUGCGAUCGCGGAUUUUAAAUUCUGUCUAGUGGGUGACGAAGCGGGAUGAAAAUAUGAGUGAAACUUUCGAGAAGUUUUUUAAUAAGAUGUUGAUGCCUCAACCCGUUUCCUGGGGAACAUGACUGCACCGAACUGCACCAAACCCAAAUACAACAAAGUGAAAUUCAAAUAAAAACUCCUCUCCUAUCAGCCUUAAACCUGCAACCGAAGCAAUAACCCUACUUCUAAACACCGAACAUGUCCAAAACGCUGAUCCUCAUAAUCGAUCUGGACACAAUAAUGUCAAAAAUUCACUCCUACCAAACCCUAAAGCCCUUAGUAGCAUGACCCUUGAGGAGCACACGUGAAACCUCCCUCACCCUCUUCAUCCCCACCCUCAAACAUGGACAAACUCUUACCCAAGCUGCUCCUAGUCCAGCUGCUGCUCUCCCUGGCUCUAGCCAGCUCUGGACAGCUUCGCGGUCAGAUCUACUUUGCUAUAGCAGCCCCUCCAAGCUCCCAAAGCUACAGCAGAGCCUUCAACAAGACCUUGACCAACAUCACGCAGAACUACCUGGUCAGCAGAGGAAGUGGGUUCGCAUUGAACGUCAGCUUGGAGACGGUGGCCAUUGAUUUGCCGGAGAACGGCAGCUUCAGUUCGAAGCUGCUGGAGAACGUUUGCGAGAAGCUGGAAGGCAAACGGGUGGUGGCUGUGUUGAUAAUUGGUAAUUCGCCUGCUGCUUUCACGGUCUCCAUUGCUGCUAAGCAUGUUGGGAUACCAGUGCUCUGGGCUAGAGGUAGCAGCCAUUUUUUACCUGGUUUCAGGAGUAUGAGCCUCGCUGUUCGUUGGAUGCACGAGUCUUUGGAAAGAGAUGUUCUGCAGGUCUCCAAAGUGACCACGAAGGGGUGCGAAGCCUCAACUCGACGGGUUAAUCUCGCGGGGACUGCCAAGGGAGGAACAAUUGUUGAUAUUCCAGAAGAGCAUUGUCUAAGAAGAUAUCUAUACAAUAGAGCCAGAUCGCCAACUUUUCUACGGUGUUCCAGAGAAGUGAGGUCCAGACUGAAUUCUUUCACGGAAUCUUUUUCAAUUCAGCAAACUUUCUGUGCAUACUUGGAACAGUUUCAAGUGGGCUGUCGUCUUUUAGAAGUUUACCAAGAUGUGGCUCCUCGGGCAAUGAAAACUGGCUAA